GGUUAUCCUAAUCAAUAAAUUUAAACACAACCUGGGCAGGCUGCCAACCUAUCACAGGGCACACACACCAUUCACUCACACACUCAUACUUCCAAUUAGCCUACCUGCAUGUCUGGACUGUGGGAGGAAACCCACACGGACAAAGCGAGAACAUGCAAACUCCACAUAGAAAGGCUCCAGCCAGAUUUGAACGUACGACCUUCUUGCUGUGGUGACAGUCCUACCAACUGCACUGUGCCACCCCAACUAAAGAAGCAUUAUCGUAUAAUCAUACGUCCCCUUUCUUAUCAUUCAGCAAUCGUACAGGUUCUCAAGAGCAGAAAUGUUGAUAUACAGAAUCAGCCAGCAUUACUUAUAAUACACAACAAAUGUCUGUAAAAAUUAUACAAUUUUCAAAUAAGCUUCACUGAAGCGUGCCAUGUUGAGUAACGAUUUUACCCUUUGUCCUAGACCUCAAGCCUUAUAAAGUUAUGUUUGUUUGAAACUCGAAUGUGGGGUAACUGUUGUGUUUCAGUCUCUAACCUAAUCUAGAUUACAAAAUUAUAUCCAGAUUGUGUAUGCAUGUAACCAUUUUUAAUUUGUCCCCCCAUGUAGAAAUUUUCCAUCAUCAUGUAAAGGGUUUCAUGGGAGCGUGGUGUACUGUUUGGAAGUGCAGAUACACAGACCAUGGAGAAUGCCUAAAUUCCAGUCAGAAUUUAAUUUUGUCAGCAAAGUAGAAGUGAACCACCCACAACUGCUAGUGCCACAGUCAGCUUCCAGUAACAAGAAGCUGUGUUGCCUCUGCUGCGCCUCAGGGCCCAUCUCCAUAGGCGUUCAACUGGAGAAGAAGAGUUUUGCUCCAGGAGAGAUGAUUAAUAUCACCGCGGAGUUUGAGAAUUUCUCUUCCCGUACACUUGUUCCGAGUGCAGCACUCGCUCAGACACAGACCUUUUACACUUGCCCCAAAAAGUCUGAGAAACGCGAAAAUAUAUAUCUCGCACUCGUCGAAGGGAAGCCUCUUCCGCCUCAUUCUCGUGACGGAUGGGAGAAUCAGAUGCUGCAGAUACCUGCCGACACGCCCCUCACGCUCUCCAACUGCCAGAUUAUGGAGCUGGAGUACUCUUUGGUGGUGCGUGUGGCCAUUCCAUGGGGAGUCGAUCUCAAAGCCAAAGUCCCUCUGGUAAUCGGCUCUGCUCCCUCCUGUCGUCCUCUUGCUUAGACACAGUCUACUGCAGUCUUGUUUUUUUUUGCCAAAUUAUCAUGGAAAUGAGAUUGCUACCAAACACGGAACAUAAAACUGUUACCCCACAAGACAAACAAGUUACAAACAUCAAACAGGGAAUGAGAUGGUACUAUAACAGUAAGGGGAGCAUACUUCAGACAUGGUUCCAAUUAUAAGUUGAAAAAUAUCAGAAACCCAACUUUCCAAAUUCAGUACAGGGGUGAGGGACUUUCUAGAGUAUCACAUCCGUAGAGCUGAGGUGAUAACUGUGAAUUUCUAAUUAGCACACUGCUGAGGAAGGAAGGCAGUAGACCAGUUGUUUUAUACAGUAGGUGAAUAUAUACCAGUGGAUCAAUCUGCGCAGAUGUAAAGAAGUCAACCCAGACCACUGAUAUAAGAGACAAUGAUGGGUUAGGGUUUUAGCACCUGCAAUGAAGUGCAGAGCACUAUGGUAUACCUUGUAAAAAUACAACCUGCUAUUCUCUGUUGUGUACUGUAUGUAACUUGCAUAAAAAGCUUUUAAAGCUACAUAUGUCUACAUGUGUAUCUGAAAUGCCAAUUGUAGAGCAUAGGCUGCUUUCUGUACAGGUUUCAUAAUGUAUAACAUAAAAGGCAUAGCGCUUGGUAACCUUCUCUUGGAAAAUGUCUGAAAUUAUGCUUAUCUGGUCCUUUGCUUAUCGGCUUUCUUUUUGGCAGGAAGUGAACAUACUUGAGUGUUGUUGUUUUUUUUACAGAUGUGAUUUCUUAAAGACACUCGGAAUGAAUGUGACACGCAAAGUAAAUGCAGUGUUGUCAUUUAAAAUUUUCAGUCUGUUGCAUUAGUAGUGCAGUAGUGCAAAAUGAUAUUACGUACUCCGUAUUGCAUAUUCAAUAGACCAUGAAAUGGUACAGUACCUUACUCGGUGAUGAGCAAGAGGCCACCUCUGUAUCUGCAUUUUAAUGGAAUGGUAAUUACAGCAGACCAAUGGACACCAUCUUUUUUAAUACAUGGAUUUAACUUCAUUCUUGACUGAUUGAUAAUGCUUUUAGUGCAGUUAUGAUCUUUGCAACCAAGGACCUCAUAAAUAAUUCCUUACCGCUUGUCUUAUUUUUUUAUUUGUCCUUUAUUUAUCUAGGUGAGCCUCACUUUUUCAUAGCAGUCCUAGCAAGUAUGUUACUAAAUCUUUGUGUGUGCAUGUGUGUUUCCCCCUUUGAUUAUAGGCAAAAAGUGCAAUCGUAGAUAUGAUGCAACAAAUGCAAUCAUAGAUACAGUGUGACACAAUCAAAGGAAGUGUGCAUUUAGGGAACAAACCAAAAGCCCAAGUUGGAGGGUAGACAGCAUGCACAUUGUCCUCCAGGAAUGGCAUUUACCACUCUUGAAUUAUAGUGCUAAAAUGUAAAGGUGUUUUAAUAACCAUGUCUUAUGCCAUAAGCUGUGCACUUUUUGGAUGCAACCUGUUUUCUGGGGUAGAACAUUUAGAUUGCAAAGCUUCCGCCACACACCAGUUGUGGUAAAAGUGGGACACACUGGCCAGGUACGAUUGGCAGGAUGGUUUCGUACAAAAAUAGGCAAACCAGUGAAGUUAUUUGUGCAGCUUGUGUUUGAGUUUUGUAUAGCCCAGCCGAUCUGUUAGUUUACUGAUAUUAAAUAAAAUGUCAUUCAAGAAAAAUAUAUAAAAAUCUGUCAGCAUGCAUAGCACUGGUUUCCUGCUACAGUAUGUGUAAUAUAGGUAGUGCUUUGUAUUAAAUAAUAACAUAUUACUACCACCAAUGUUCAAUUUCACUUAUGUUUUUAUAUACACCAAUCUCAAAUUACUUUUAUGAAAACUUUUAAGAAAAUUUUUUUUUUGCUAAACACUUUGAAUAAAAUUCUUUAAUGUAA